AUGUCGAUUCGGCUCGAGUUUGAUAUCGAGGAGGAUUGGGAGGCGGAUCUUGAGGCCUUCUGUCGUCUGCGACGGCUCGGGCGCUUCAAGGAGGCGAAGGAACACUUCCGGUCCAAGCUUGAGCACGUCAGCGCUAUCCCGUACAUCCGGGUACAGUAUGCUGAAAUGCUUGAAGCGUGCGGAGAUUACAAGACCCUUCAGAGCCUUGUCUCUGGUCGCGAAUUUUCUCCCGACCCAUCAGAAGAAGCUCCCGAUGAUCGCAACAGGGGCAAGCUCGCAGCCAACGAUGCUCUCCUGGAGUUCCUCUCACAACGACCCAAUCCAACAUACGUCGAAGCUGCAUGGAAAGUCGUGUACCAUACACUGAAAGCUCUUGCCACUGAGACCACCAUGGGAUCUACGGAGAUCCAGCUACUUACUUUAUGCCUGCGCGUUUUGCACUAUAUCGAACGGUGUACACACGAGAGCAUCGUAGGGGCGGUCAAAGUAUAUGCGAGGUAUCUCUUUGAUUGGAAGCAACUGUACCAAGAGCUUGUUGGGGAGAGCUGCAUCUGGGACUUCCGGGAUCUGCUGGUCGCUGCGGUAUCGGUUUUCGGAUGGGAAGAAAGCUCAAGGCUAUUCUUUGGUACAGGUCAUCUCCCGCGGGCCCUGGGCAUGAUUGUCAAGGACUGGGACCAUCCCUUCUACGACGAAGCAUCCACCCUGGGUCUCCUUGACCUCUUCACCUCGUUGGUUCUUCAGGACCCCAGCGAUCACAUGAGGACUCACAACUCGCUUUUCCUCCAGCAUGCCAGGGCUCUCGCCGAAUCCGUACAAACUAACGAUCCGGAGCUGAUGCGGAGCCGGCCGUUUAUCCAGUGGCUGCUGGUCAGGUCUCUCCUAGAGCUGGAAGCAACGCCUGAACAUUCACAUGCGGUGCAUUCCGGGGAGCCCGGCGGGUUGAAAGUUGACCAAGGACGCGGUGUCAAUUUGCCGAUAUACUUCCCGAGCCGACAUGGCAGGAAGCCAGAUUGGAAUAUGGUUUCUGCUCGACCCACCCCGACGCAACGAAGUGUCAUUGAGGUCGCCAUCAGGGUCGCCGACGAGAUUGGCGAUUACAGAUCGCAAGCAACCGCUCUCAAGCUGCUCGUUCUCCAUUCCCAAGACCCCAGGACGUCGAUGGGCGCUUUAGCACAUCUGCAAUCGGAGACUCAAGGCGACAGGGAUGGCUACCUUGCGACCUGUCUAUCCAGAUACCUGGUUGCUACCGGUCCGGACGAGUUAGCGGACCUCCUCAAAGAGCUCGAGGGGCCCGGCGUCGCCGGCCACACGUUGCGCUUGGAGCAGUGCCCGAACGCGUCUCUGAAGUGGGCUUGGGUAUUGAUGCGCGAUCUCUUGAGUGCGGCAACCGGCGGUCCUGGUGCCAGCGAUCCGGCGGACCGAGUGUCGUCGAGAUUCUUCGGCGCCGGAAUCCAACUCGACGGAUCGAAACUGCCUCCGUAUAUCGCGGAAUUCACUCGAGCUGAGCUCGGCAUUCCUGUCUCCCCAUCUAUGGCCCCCCUUUACCCAGAACACCCUUUCCCACCCGAAGACAACCUCGAAGACGACUCUGUCCCAUCUGAAGUCGACGCGCCACAUGUGCAAAAUGGCCAACAGCAAGACCAAAAAGUACCCGAUGGCUUUCUUCGCAGAGUUAUCAAGCCGGCCAGUGACCAGAGGCAGCCAAACCCUUGGCAGUUCAACCCUUUCCGCGAGCCAACCUGGAUGUACGGUUCAGACUGGCCUCCGCCAGCGUUUUAUCCUGCCGCCCCCGUUCAGAUGCCGCCACAAGCUCCCCGGCCCUUCUACUACUCUGGUGAACAGCCGUUCUAUCCUACCCCUACCGCUCAGAUGCCAUCGCAAAACUCCGGGGCCUUCUACUCUGGUGGACAGCCGUCUUAUUUUACCGCUACCGCGCAGAUGCCGCCACCACCGCUAAACCCCGCGGCCUUCUACUCUGCUGAACAUCCGUCUUAUUCUACCCCUGCUGCUCAGAUGCCACCACCAAACUCCGGGGCCUUCUACUCUGCUGAACAACCAGAUCCCUUACUACACGGGAUAUCUCCUUCUGUCGAGGUGAGCGGCUGGCCACGUAUCCGGUACGUCGAUGCAAGGCGCUACCCAGCGCCGCAGGCCAUACCGCAGCAUCCCCACAAUCCAGAAGAAGGCCAGGCCAAGAAUCAAGCUCAAGAACGUAGACCAAGCGAGGCACACGGUCGCCAGAGUGGGCGCCAUAACAAGCCAGGGAAUUAUGAACGCCACGGGAAGGACGCAAAGGAACCAAGGGAACAAAGAAAUCCCAACGAUAGUCAAUACAAACCUAAUCAGCGACAAGGUGAAGUUUUCAUGCCGCAAUGGGACUUCGGAGCCGAUGGGCCAGCGGGUAAUGACACCAGGUUGGGUUACGACUACGGAAAAACCUCAGCCAGUCUGAAGGGUAAGGGCAAAGAGCAGUCAAUACCUCGCCCCGGAACGGAGGCGGAAACGAAGGCACAAUGGAACACUAGCGGCCAGCCUCAACAGCCAGGGAGGAGCGAACCACAACAGUCUGCUCUACAGGACUCAAAAGCCCCAUCCGGUUCUAUCGGUAUCGCCGCAGACGGCGGCAAACAAGCGAGCCGGAAGGACUCGGGUGAUUCUCCCGAGAAAGAGGAAGAUGGAUCCGGUCAGAUGAAGGAGACCUUACGUACGGGAUCUGAGGGUAAGGAGAAUGGAGCACAGACCCUGCUAUAA